GAAUCCAAGAUGUCAGCGCCCAGGCAAAAUUGUUUGAUUGUUUUGAGUUCUGCAAAAGAAGGUGUGUCUGCAGCUUCCUUCAUUCAGGCCUUCACCCUGACACACACUACAUUCACGGUCCAGCUAGCAACACCAGGGGGCAAAGCAGUUGAUUAUGUAAACCAGGAUGACAACAGUAGGCGCUGGUUGAAUGACUUUAGAACUAAGGCUUUCUCCAUGCCAAUAAGCCUGGAUGCAAUAGAGCCUAAUCGCUACUCUGCUCUCCUGAUUCCCUGUGCGCCCGGUGCAAUCUCUGAUCUUGCCAACAGUCCCCAGCUGGCAAUCAUCAUCAACAACUUUGUUGCAGAGAAAAAGCCAAUAUGUGCCAUUGGACUGGGUGUAUCUGCAUUGUGCUGUGCUAGGAAAGAUGGAGGAGACUGGAGCCUCAAAGAUUAUAGCCUCACCUCUACAUCAGUAUUUGAACUGGCUAGGAGUGUAGACUUUGCUAACUUACAGAUCAUUCCAGAAGACUUCAUUAAAGACAAUGGAGGCACAUAUAGCUGUAGCAAGCCAGACUGUGUACAUGUUGUAAUAGACCAACACAUCAUAACUGGACAGAAUGAACAGUCAACCCUUACAUCAGUACAGAACCUUAUACUGCUGUGCAAUCAAAGACAGGGAAAGAAGUGAUUGAAGAUCCUUGGCCAUCAUUCCCGGGGAUGAGGAUCAACAAUCUAAUAAUCAUUCCAGCCCAAAAGGACAACCAAGAUCACCAAUAUACAAUGUGCAAUUAUUGACUAUUGACUUCAUAGCCAUGGAGCAAUUUUGUAGAGUAGAACUUUGUGAUGUUGUAUGGAUGAAGUUCCAUUGUUGAGGUUACAUUAACACCUGUCCGAUGGAACACCUCUCUGUAAGGAACA